AUGUCACUUAGAACUAAUGCUAUUCGCAUGGCUAGAUUAGCCGCACCAAGAGCAUCUUUAUCGAAAAGAACAUUUUCUUUAUUAGUCAAUGCUAGAGUAGCUACACCUAAAUUGCCAGUUUCUUCCAAAUUGGUUUCUAUUCGUGGUGUUAAAUCUAUUAACUUUGGCGGUACUGAAGAGAUUGUUCACGAAAGAGGUGACUGGCCCAAAGAGAAGUUAUUAGACUAUUUCAAAAACGAUACUUUGGCUUUAAUUGGUUACGGUUCGCAAGGGUACGGCCAAGGGUUGAACUUGAGAGACAAUGGUUUGAAUGUCAUCAUUGGUGUGCGUAAGAAUGGUACUUCAUGGAAAGCCGCUAUUGAAGAUGGCUGGGUCCCAGGUGAGAAUUUGUUUGAUGUUAAGGAAGCAAUUCAAAAAGGUACUAUCAUCAUGAACUUGUUAUCAGAUGCUGCUCAAUCUGAAACUUGGGAAUCCAUCAAACCAUUGUUGACCGAAGGUAAAACUUUGUACUUUUCACAUGGUUUUUCUCCAGUGUUCAAGGACUUGACUCAUGUUGAGCCACCAAGCAACAUUGAUGUUAUUUUAGUUGCUCCAAAGGGUUCAGGAAGAACAGUGAGAUCAUUGUUCAAGGAAGGUAGAGGUAUUAACUCAUCUUAUGCUGUGUGGAAUGACGUUACCGGCAAAGCAGAAGAAAAAGCUAUUGCCAUGGCCAUCGCUGUUGGAUCAGGGUACGUUUACCAAACCACCUUUGAAAGAGAAGUCAACUCAGAUUUGUACGGUGAAAGAGGGUGUCUUAUGGGAGGUAUCCACGGUAUGUUUUUGGCCCAAUACGAAGUCUUGAGAGAAAACGGCCACACUCCAAGUGAAGCUUUCAAUGAGACUGUUGAAGAAGCUACCCAAUCCUUGUACCCAUUGAUUGGUAAAUACGGUAUGGAUUACAUGUACGAUGCUUGUUCCACCACUGCAAGAAGAGGUGCUUUGGACUGGUACCCAAGAUUCAAAGACGCUUUGAAACCAGUAUUUGAAGAAUUAUACGAAAGUGUAAAGAAUGGUACCGAAACACAAAGAUCUCUUGAUUUCAACUCACAAGUUGAUUACAGAGAGAAAUUGGAAGCAGAAUUGAAAACUAUUAGAGAUAUGGAAAUUUGGAGAGUUGGUAAGGAAGUAAGAAAAUUACGUCCUGAAAACCAAUAA